AUGAGCUUUGGCCAAGCAGCCCGUGGUGCGGCCUCCUUCUUUCCAGAAGACCGGAAGGCAGGGAUCGCACGACGCAACAAAGUCCAACAAGAGCAGUUGUGCAAAGAGCCAAAGCCAUCCUCCAGAGCCGACUUCGAGAGGUCUCUGGGCGUUUUCAAGUGCACAGCCGACGUUGAUGCUGGAAAUGGGCGACGACUUCGACGGGCCAAGCAACCCAUAGACGACCAGCUCUUGGGUGCUCCCUCCGGUGUCGUUGGCGCUGAAGCACAUCCCACGGGCCUCCCCAACAGGAGGCUCCGCCGGGCCACGAAGUUAAAUUGCACGGUAGAGAGCGAAGAGGUCUCCGGCCGUCGGGCCUUCUUUGAUCAAUUUACUCGUGCUGAAGAAUAUGCAGAGCUGAUUGGCCGACCUGGCCUCCAAUCGCCUCGACCAAAAGAGCAAAGCCUGUUGGUUGAGGGGAUGGAUUCCAAGUACUUUGCCAUGCAGGGUGACAUUGAGGACUUGAGCACGUCCGCUUCCGAAGAAUGCCCUGAGAGGCCGCGCAAAGAAGCAGAUUCAGUGCCCUCGCUCCGAGUUAGACGCAUGCUCCAAAGUUUGCAGCCGGCACCGGCCACGCUCAAGGACUUCACAGCGAAGUUGCCUGCAAAGGGUCGCUUGGACAUUCCUUUGGAGAUGGUUGCUCGCUUGGAGCAUUUGGUGGAGCUUGCGGAUCGCGUUGAGACCAAGAGAAGGUUCAGAAGCCGUGUUCUACGUGAGUUCUCGACAACUCCAGAUCUCGAAGAAUCGACACCCACAGAAGCGUCCCUACCAGAGGUUGUGGAGGAGAAGGCUGAAGAAGAGGAAGAGAGGCCCAAUGUACAACUCUUAGUGCAGAAGUAUGAGUCUCCAUGGCCAACUCUUCUCCGCCGAAGUCAAGAAGGGGUGAAGAACACAGCGACGCCUGCGGCUUGCUCCGACGACAAAGUGCCAAUUGAGAAGUCCGUGAACUCCAGCGAUGAAACCGGAACCAGUUCCCCUCCCUUCACAGACCAGGAGCUCACGGACAAGUCCAACGCGCUUCGUCGGAAGGGAUUCAACCUUUUGCCUCAAACAAGUGGUCGAGGCUGGGACAUGGUGCAGCAGGUGACCUUAUUAUGA